CUACAUUAUUGGUUGUAGAAGCAGCCUUAUUUUUUGUUCUAAUUCUGUUUCCUGUAAUAUGUUCUUUUUCUUCUUGUUGAUGGUGAGGUUCCUGGUGUAUCGCUGAUUUCCAUAAAGGUUGCCCACUCUUUCCUUACAUACCUGAUGAAGUCUUGAUCAUUGAGUAAUGAUGUAUUAAAUCUCCAAUUCCUGCUUGGUGGCGUAACUCUUUUAGUAAAAAAACAAACAAACAGGAACUGGUGCAUGAUCACUGACUGUGAUUGAGUGAAUACUGGUGUGGGAACAUCAGGUAGGACGAAUAGGAGUUAUUACUAAAUGUAAUCUAUACGGGAGUGGUGAACUGGGUCAGAAGGUGUAUUCCCUGGAGUUUUGGCGACAAAAACCACAGGUGUCACAAAGUCCAUAAUCAUCCAUGUACUGUUUUUGAGGAGUGGUCACAUUUGCAUUCCUCACACCUCCACACAGCACAUGAAGAGCCUGGCAACUGGCUGGUAAGUAACUAGCCAGAGUAGGGAAGGCGCCUGUAAAUUGACUGAAAUCAGUGAAAAUGAACCUCUCCAUCUGUCUGCACUAGUAUAUGUCUAGGUGACAAUGAGUGAAGCCUCUGAGGAGAUAGUAACAUGUACAGUAUGUCCAUGUCCAGUCAGGUGAUUGGGGAGACGACCACCUGUUCAGUGUGCGAGAAGGUUCUGAAGGACUGGGACCACUCUGACCCACCAGUGAAGCAGCUCUGUGCUGAGUGUGGAGCACAUUACAAGCAUGAGACAAACAAGGCCUCACGUACGUUCAACUACAUUAUUACAUUUGAAUAUAAUCACAUAAUGUUAACAUUAGAAACAAGCCUUAAUUGGUCAUUAUCACAUCUGUUGCAAUGUCACAACAAAAUUUGUUUUCUGCAUUGAACUCAUCCUCUGGGGGAGCAGUGGGCUGCCACCCAGGACACUCCUGGAGCCCUGGUGGGCCUGAAUCUGGCCACCUUGUGCUUCCCAAGGUGACAUCAUCACGAGAACAAAGAAGAAUCUCAAACAAGCAAUGCAAAAGAAAUUUGCUUUGACAUCUGAAGGCAAUGGUGAUGAGAAAAGCUCCCUGAACAGCGUCUACACGUCUCUGCACGUCACAGCUCAUGAACGCGAGGGGCCAGACGAGGAGCAUUCACUCAGAAUGAUGGAACGUAAAUUAAGAAGGCGAUCAUCGUGUGAAAGCUCAGUCAGACUCAGUGACAUCCUCAAACCGUCUCCAGACACACGGGUCAGAAUGUCUCUGACCAAGGGCGUCGCAGGCAUCGGGAAGUCCUUCGCUGUGCACAAAUUCAUCCUGGACUGGGCCGAGGAGCGGACGAACCAGGAGCUGGAGUUCAUUUUCUGUCUGACUUUCCGAGAGCUGAAUCUGAGUGGAGGAGAGACGAGCCUGCACCUGCUCCUGACUGAGUUCCACCCAGUGCUGAGCGACCUGAAGGAUCCACUGAGUUAUGUCCAAAGUGAGAUGCUGGUGGUUCUGGACGGUCUGGAUGAAAGCAGACUUCAGCUGGACUUUAACUCCUCGAAGGUGGUGAGAUCUGUGGAGGCAGUGGCUCCAAUGGGCGACCUGCUGGUCAACCUGAUCCAGGGAAACCUUCUGCCCCACGCACACCUGUGGAUCACAUCCCGUCCAGCAGCAUCCGCUCAGAUUCCAGCCAAGUUCAUCGAUGCGGUGACAGAGAUCAGAGGGUUCAGCGACGCUCAGAAGGAGGAAUACUUCAAAAGACGCUUCCGGCACGACUCCUGCCUUGCUGAAAGGAUCAUUUCACAGGUUCAGUCGUCACCGAGUCUGAGCAUCAUGUGCCAGAUCCCCGUCUUCUGCUGGAUUUCCACCAUGUUGUUUGAGGAGGUCUUCACAGGAGCCGACAGAGACACGAUCCCUCAGACUCUGACAGAGAUGAUGGCUCAUUUCCUGUUGACUCAGACCAAACACAGAAGCAGAAAAUACGAUGCCCACGCAGAGGAAAACAACCAGACGCUUCUGGAGAGACACCGAGAAUUUCUCCUGAAACUCGGCAAACUUGCGUUUGUUCAUCUGCAGGAGAACAAGCUGAUAUUCUACGAGGGCGACCUGGAGGAAUGUGGCCUCGAUGUGAAGGAAGUCUCUGUCUACUCUGGCUUCUAUAACGUAGUUCUAAGGGGGGAAAACCUGUUUUCCCAGAGGAAGGUUUUCUUCUUUGUGCAUCUGACCAUUCAAGAGUUCUUUGCUGCUCUCUACGUCUAUGAGUGUCUUAUGGAGCAGAACACCCCAGAGCUCUGCAGCUUCCUGGGUCUGAUGGACCCACACUGUGGUCUACCUGUACUUGAUCUUCUCAAGAAGAUCGUUGCCAAGGUGAUGGAGAAGAAGAACGGACACCUGGACUUCUUCCUGCGCUUCCUGCUUGGUCUCAUGAUUAAACAGAACCGUAGAGUUCUUCAGGGUCUGUUGACAUCACCAGACCCAAUCGAAGACACAGACAAGAAAACCCUGACCUACCUCAAAUCUAUCAGAAGAAAGACGGUCUCUCCAGACGGCUGCAUCAGUCUGUUCCAGGCGAUGGUGGAAAUGAGAGACCACAAAGUCAAAGACGAGAUCCAAGAAUACCUGACGCUGACGGAUCGUUCAAACACAGACCUGCCCCUGCUGCACUGCUCUGCUCUGGCCUACAUGCUGCAGGUGUCAAAGGACCACCUGGAGGUUCUGGACCUGAAGAGCUACAACACCUAAGACGAAGGCAGGAGGAGGCUGAUCCCAGCGGUGAAGAUCAGCAGAAAGGCCAUGUAGGUGUAAAGAUGUGUUUUCAGAGUUUGUGCAGCUGAUGGAGCAUAAAAACAAACGGUUUCCCUCCACCACUAGAUUAGCAGACUGCAGAGUGACAACAGAGUGGAUCCAACACCUGGUCAGUGGAUAGAUGGACAAACACAUGUAGACCCGUGUUACAGUGCCUGAA